UUUACAUUUCCAGAGCAACAAGAGCUUGGAAAAUUCAUCUUUUUAAGUUUUGCAACCGUCUUAACAAAUAAGUAAGAAAUACUAGAAACCUAAACAGUAAUAAUUUGUAGUUUCACACAUUGAUUUAAUUCCUAAACUCGGAAGUGCUUUAAGAUCAGCCAUGAGUCGCCUGUAUGACACGGUGGAGCCGUCAGUAAUUGACGAAGACAUGCUCCAGAAAGCUGUUGAAGAACAGGGCCCAAAGGAUGAGGCCGGCAAAAUUGCAAAGUCAGAAGGGAUUGACUUUGCUGAUGUAACAUCACUCAGGCUUGAGUUUAAAAACAUAUUAGAGAUAGACAAUAUGUGGAGUUUUGAGAAUUUGACCAAGCUGCAACUGGAUAACAACAUCAUUGAAAAAAUCAAGGGGUUGGACGAACUGGUGAACCUUGUCUGGCUUGACCUGUCAUUCAACAACAUUGAAAUGAUAGAAGGUCUGGAUAAACUUACAAAGCUCCAGGAUCUGACACUGUACAACAACCGCAUCUCUCGCAUAGAAAACAUGGACAAACUCACAGACCUGCACGUCCUCUCUCUCGGCAAUAACAACCUUACAGACCUAGAAAAUGUAAUACACCUUCGUCGGUUCAGAAAGCUGCGAACAUUGAAUCUGGCAGGCAAUCCUUUCUGUGAGCAGGCAGAAUAUAAGCAGUAUGUGACAGCCUAUGUGUCCUCCAUUGACUUCCUGGACUACAGACUCAUUGAUGAACAGUCGCGAGCAGCAGCGACAGAGCGGUACCAUCUAUCUAUUGAAGAGAUGUUGCACAAUGAGCGGGUGGCGGACCAGAAAUAUGAAGAAGAGAAGAAACGAGAGGUGGAGGAAGCACUAUACAGGGAGGGUUAUGUAGAUGGUCUGGAUGGUCCCGAACUCUUUGAGGGCAUGUACGCAGAUGACAAUGAGGGCAAGAAAAUGAAGGAGAUGCCUGGAGUCGAUGACCUCAUGGUCACGUUUAGGGAGAAGUUUGUUGGUAUCUGCAAGCAGAUCUUCGACUACGGCCUCCAGGAAAACAGCAAGCGUCAGGAGGAAGUGUCACAGUUCUGGGAGUGUGUAAUGGAGGCAAAGACUGAGAACAAGGAUGCUGGCAUUGGACACAUCAAUAACUUCAUGAACAUGAAGAAACGGGUGUUUGCAGAGAUGAACCACAUCACAGACUCAGCCCUGCUUGACCAGAAGGUGAAGGAAUAUAACAAGGAGGUGACCGAGCUAUGGGACAAACUCAUGGCCCUGGAACUGCAGCUUGUUGAUCAGUUUGAGGAGAUCAUCAAGGAGUUUGAGCGGAAUCUACAGGAUAUGGGCUCGACAUUUAUUGAGAAUGUUCAGGGAUACCUUUCCCAGUGUCGUGACCUUGAGAACAACCACCAUGAACGCAUGCUGGAGAUCGCCAUCGUUACGUUGGAGAAGGUUGUCAAAAACGAGCUUGAUGAUGAGAUCAAUGAUGACCUUAGAAAUCUAUUUGUUGACAAGGACACUAUAAUCAAUGCUGUAACAUCCUCACACGAUGUGCACUUGUUGAAGAUUGACAACAAGGAAGAUGACAUGGUUACCAGAAUUAAUGGCUGGAUGAAAAACACCAUCGAAAAAAUCCACUAUGAACAAGAAGUAAAGAGAAACCGAGAACGAGUGGCAGAAAUAAACAACCUGAUUGACCACUUACGAGAAGAAAUUGAGAACUUGGAGGUGUUACAGGGAACUGGAUAUUAGUCGUAUGACUGGUGUGACUGUGUAUUGUAUGCGUGUUGGGGCAGUUUAAGACCAUACGUUAACUGCCUUGUAAGCAUAAUGAUCAAUUAUGUACAUUUUUUAAAUGGUCUAGUUUUAUGUGAACACUCGGCAUUUAAUUGAACACAUAAUGUUUAUACUUCAAUCUAGUAUGGACCUCAUCAUGAACUCUCAUCUAUUUCAUCAUCAUCAUUUUUUGCUUGUUGACUUUGUAUGAAUUUGAUAUAUAUUAUGUCUGUGAUAUUUGAUAUAAAUGAAUAAAUUAUUUCAUAAAAUAUAUUGCCGGUCACAAUG